UCCUAGGAAGCAUGCAAUAAAAUGAAUGGCAAAAAACUCAGUUGCAAUUCAAUGACAAACCAAACCACACUCUUCUUGAUCAUGUUCUUUGUUUUCGGAUCUAUAUUGUCUACAACAGUUGUAGCUUCGAGUUUCCUCCGAAGAAGCGCUUCUUUAACCGUUAAAGACUCGUCUUUAACUUCCCCUGACAAAACUUUCAGUUGUGGGUUUUAUAGCAUUGGAUCAACCAAUGCUUAUUACUUGUCAAUUUGGUUCACAAAUUCAAAUGACAAAACUGUUGUUUGGGUAGCCAACCGAGACAAGCCGGUUAACCGGCGUGGCUCCAAGCUGUCUCUAAGAAGAAACGGUGUGAUGGUGUUGACAGACUUUGAUGGAACAACGGCUUGGGAAACAAAUACAACCGCCACAUCCAAUGUUGAUAGAGUUGAGCUUCUCAACACAGGGAACCUUGUUCUGAAGGACAAUGCUGGUAAUAUUCUUUGGCAAAGCUUUGAUUUUCCUACUGAUACUUUACUUCCGAGUCAACUGUUUACAAAGAACAAAAGAUUGGUGUCUAAGGUUGGUUCUCAGAUGUUUGGUUUGGGGUCUUUUAGUUUCUUUUUUGAUACUGAUAAUGUGCUUAAAUUGGUAUAUGAUGGUCCUGAAAUUUCAAGUAUUUAUUGGCCUGAUACUCAAUUAGAAGCAUAUCAGAAUGGUAGAACAAAUUACAAUAAUAGUAGGGUUGCAAUGCUUGAUGAUACUGGCAUGUUUUCUUCAAGUGAUCAGUUACAGUUUAGUGUUUCAGAUGUUGGUGAUGUUCAUGUUAGGAUCAAAAGACGAUUAACAUUAGAUUAUGAUGGGAAUUUGCGGGUUUAUAGCUUGAAUGAGUCAUCUGGAUUUUGGUACAUAACAUGGCAAGCAGUUGCAAAACCAUGUGAUGUACAUGGUCUUUGUGGUAGAAAUGGUGUCUGUGUUUACACACCAGACCCUAAAUGUAGUUGCCCUCCUAACUAUGAGCCUGCUGAUUUAACUGACUGGAGUAAAGGGUGCAAUCCAAAGUUUAACAGAAGUUGCGCAGACUCAGAGUUCGUUGAGAUUACCCACGUUGAUUACUUUGGGUUUGAUCUCAACCGAAGCAGACCUGCUUCUUUUGAAGAGUGUAAACAACUCUGCUUGGGAGAUUGUCGUUGUCUCGCAUUUAACUAUAGACUUACUGGUGAAGGAAUGUGUUUCACAAAAAAUUCUCUUUUUAAUGGAUUCAGGUCUGUUAAUUUCCCAGCUAGUAUACAUCUCCGAGUACCAAGAAGUGUUGCACAGACAAUGAAACCUGAAACCGGCUUUGAUGUGUCUCGUCUUGAAUGUGGGAACGAGCAAAGUAAAGUAGUUGAAUUGCCUAUCACAUAUGACACCACCAUUCAAAGAUUCAAGUGGGUUUAUAUCUACGCAUUUGCUUCUGUCAUUGGUAUUCUUGAACUAGUCCUUUUGGUAGCAGCUUGGUGGUUUCUUUAUAAGAAGCAUGGUCUUUCAACUUCUAUGGAAGAUGGAUAUCGUGCCAUUUCAAAUCAGUUUAGGAGCUUUAGCUACAACGAGCUCAAGACUGCAACAGGGAAAUUUAAGGAAGUUCUAGGAAAGGGAGGGUUUGGUGCUGUUUACAAGGGUAUUCUGGCAGAUGAGAGAGCAGUUGCAGUGAAGAAACUAGAAAAUAUAUUCCAAGGAGAAGAAGAAUUUUGGGCAGAAGUGAGUACAAUUGGUAAAAUCAAUCAUAUGAACCUUGCAAGAAUGUGGGGUUUUUGUUCCGAAAGGAAACACAAGCUCUUGGUUUAUGAGCUUGUGGAAAAUGGAUCUUUGGACAGACACUUGUUCUCCACCCAAACCCUUGUUGGAUGGAAAGAGCGGCUUAAAGUUGCAAUAGGCACGGCUAAAGGAUUAGCUUACCUUCACCAUGAGUGCCUAGAAUGGGUUAUCCAUUGUGAUGUGAAACCUGAAAAUAUACUCUUGGAUGAGGAUUUUGAGCCAAAAAUUUCAGACUUUGGGCUAGCAAAGCUACGUCAAAGAGGGAGUCAGGGUUCAGCAGAGCUGACCGGAAUCAGAGGAACAAAAGGUUAUAUGGCACCUGAAUGGGCAUUGAACCAACCCAUUACUGCAAAGGUUGAUGUCUACAGUUAUGGAGUUGUUAUCCUAGAGCUUGUCAAGGGAAUUCGACUGUCAAGUAGGGUGGUGGAUGAUCAUAAUGACUUAGAGGAUAUAUCAGAACUGGUAAAAAUUGUGAGAUUGGCUAAAAGCAAAAUGCAGAAUGAAGAAGAUUCAUGGGUAGAAGACUUUGUAGACCCGAGAUUGGAAGGAAACUUCAGUAGAUACCAAGCUGGUAUAAUGAUUAAGGUUGGACUUUCUUGCGUGGAGGAUGAUAAAAAUAAAAGGCCAACCAUGGAGUCAGUUGUUCAUGUUCUUGCAGAAUGUGAAGACGAGAUAUUAAUGUCCAUUUCCGGCACCUCAUAACUCCAUUUUCACUCUAUGUAUUUACUUACAUUCAGACUUGCAGUUGUUCCCAACUUUUAAUAUAACUGUAUGUUGUAAACCAAUAACUGAAAUGUGCAAGAUGUGCUGAUAUUAAAUAUUGGCUAAAAUUUAUUGUAUUCUUUUCAUAUUUCUGGUAGA